AACUUGUCCAUCUCUUUUCAAAGAAGAUGGAAAACAUGGUUGAAGAGAAUAACAAUUAUUUGGAAACAAUCUUGCUCUUUCAACAAGAUAGCUACUUGGACGAGCCAAUUAUGUCGUCACACUAUGAUUCAAGCUCGCCAGAAGGGUCACAAUCAUCGAAGAACAUUGUAUCAGAAAGGAUUAGGAGGAACAAACUCAAAGAGAAGUUAUUUGCACUUAGAGCUCUUGUUCCAAAAAUAACCAAGAUGGAUAAAGCCUCAAUAGUGAAAGAUGCAAUUGAAUAUAUUGUAGAAUUGCAGAAGCAAGAUAGGAGAAUUCGAGGAGAGAUAUCAGAGCUUGAAUCCGAAACCUCAAACAAGAAUAGCGCCCAUCUUGAACAUGAAACCUUUGAUUUCUCAAACCCUAAAACACUUGAUAAGCACCAGUAUGGAUAUCAUUCUUCCCCUAUUGAUGUUCUUCAGUUGAGGGUAUCUUCGAUGAGAGACAGGAUAGUGGUGGUGAACCUCACUUGCAUCAAAAGAAAAGAUACAAUGAUAAAACUUUGUGAUGUAUUCGAAUCUUUGAAUAUCAAAAUAAUUACUGCAAAUAUUAUUGCUUAUUCUGAGACACUUCUCAACACAACUUACAUUGAGGCUGAUGAGGAAGAGAGCAAUCUUUUGAAGUUGAGGAUUCAAAGUGCUAUAGCUUCUCUAAAUAAUCCAGAUAGCCCUCUGAGCUCUUAGAACAAUAAUCACUUUGAUUCAACUAUGUUUCUCCUUCAUAAUAUAAUAAUGAUGUAUUUAUUCCAAGAGUGUUUUUUUCUCCUGGUUGAUCUUAUAGUUUGGUCACCUUUGAAUAGCUAUUAAUUUUAUGUUUUUCACAUGAAAUCUCAUUCAAUGAAAGUCUACCUUUAUAGUCCA